GUACUCCAUAUUUACAACGUAGGGUUUAUCCUUAUUGCAGCCUGAGAAACAAAACACAAAACCCUCGCCCCCUCCCAUCGCAAACGGCGGAGCCACCGCAGCCGGAAGCAGAGUUCGCCGCCACUCUCCGAUCUUCACUCGCCCUCGUUCUCUUCGCAAUCGCAGCGCAGAAUGGCGAAGCGUAAGGAGCGGAUUCACAACCCUGAACCGUUCGAUCCGCACGGCGCCGACCCUGCGAAGGCGAAGAAGCGUUCGAAGGCUCAGAAGAAGCACCAGCAGGAGGAGAAGUUCAUCGCUCCCACGCUCAGCUCCAAGAUCAUGAAGGAGGCUCUGCUUCAGCAGAAGGAGGAGGAGGCGCACGACGGCGCCGCGGCUUUCUUCGAAGAGGUUCCCAGCGUCCAUGAAGACGCCGAUGAAAUUGACGACUUCGCCGGGUUCUCCGAAACGCAGAGCCAAUUCGCCGGUUUUGAUGAAGAGGAAAUUAACGAGGAAGAUGAGAGACUAAUGGAGGCAUUCUUAUCAAAGGAGCCUGGUCAGCAGAAAACACUUGCCGAUCUCAUUGUCCAAAGAAUAAAAGAAAAGGAUGCUUCUGUUGCUUCAGAAAACCGACCUGUACCAAAAUUAGAUAAAUCCAUAAUUGACAUAUACAAGGGGGUUGGGACUCAUCUUAGCAAAUAUACAAUAGGCAAAAUACCAAAGGCAUUCAAACACAUCCCCUCUAUGCAACUUUGGGAGGAAGUCCUGUAUAUAACUGAACCUGAAAAUUGGUCUCCAAAUGCUCUUUAUCAAGCCACUAGAAUUUUUGCUUCUAAUUUUGGUGCAAAAAAGGCAGAACGCUUCUACAAGCUUGUGUUGCUUCCAAGAGUGAGAGAAGAUAUAAGGAAGAACAAACGGCUGCAUUUUGCUUUAUACCAAACUCUGAAAAAGGCAUUGUACAAACCUGCUGCAUUCUUUAAGGGAAUACUGUUUCCACUGUGUGAGUCACGCACAUGCACUCUCAGGGAAGCAGUCAUUAUUGGAAGCAUUAUAGAAAAGGUUUCUAUUCCUCCACUUCAUUCAAGUGUUGCACUAUUGAAGCUUUCUGGAAUGGAAUAUUGUGGAACCACAAGCUAUUUCAUCAAGCUUCUUCUGGAGAAAAAAUAUGCUUUGCCAUAUCGUGUGGUUGAUGCGGUUGUUGAUCAUUUUAUGAGAUUUCUCAAUGAAACUAGGAUAAUGCCAGUUAUAUGGCACCAGUCGCUUCUUGCAUUUGUGCAGAGGUACAAAAAUGAGCUGCAGAAGGAAGAUAAGGAUAAAUUAAGGGAUCUACUGGAAAAGCAAAAGCAUAAAUUAGUUACACCUGAAAUUAGCAGAGAGCUAGACCACAGUCGCAACCGGGGUGAAAAGGAGGAAGAUCUUAUGUCAAUAACUAGUCCAGUAUAUGUGAUAAACAAGACUAUUGAAGAGGAUAGAUUUGACAUUCCAGAUGUACCAAUGGAGGAGGAUUAAUUUAUUGUGGAUUUUCCAUCGAGUUAUACUUGGGACAAAAUGUUUAAGAGACAUGCCCCCAUAGAGAUUCACAAGGGUGCAGUUUUGAGUGUCAGCAAUCUUGUACUCCUAUGUAUGAAAUUUGUUAUUAUUUUUUGGCUGUUUUAUUUUGUGAAAUUUUGACAAAUGCAAUCUCGAUUUUUGUCUUGGAUGUAUCCUUACCGUAAAUGCACUAAAAAUACAAUUCAACUUAUUAGAAUAUUUUCUAGUG